CAUAAAAAAUCAAGAACAAGAAGAAUACGCAAAUCCAUCAUCAUAAUCUCACUAUUCCUCACCUUAAUAUUGAUAUUCAUCUUCUUAACAAAUACUCGUUCCAAAACAACCCAAAUCGUAUUACCCAAUUUCAAUCUCAACUAUUUGAAGAACACUCAUAAUACCCUAUACUCGAAUCCCCAAACUACUCUCACCGAUAUCAUAUUUGGCAUUGCGGGUGUUGUAAAAACUUGGGACACAAAGAAACACUAUAUUGAAUCAUGGUGGAACUCAAACGUAACCCGUGGGUUCCUCUUUCUAGAUAAGGCCCCUAUCAAACUCCUUCCAUGGUCUCCCACUUUACCAUUGGUACGUAUCUCUAAUGAGAUUGCAAACCAAAAAGGCGUCCCUUUCACCCUUAGAAUUGCACGGGUGAUUAAAGAAACUUUCGAUGCAGAGAAUAAAGAUGUGAGGUGGUAUGUGAUGGCGGAUGAUGAUACUGUAUUCUUUUUGGACAACUUGGUGGAGGUUUUAAGCAAAUAUGAUCACAAUGGUUACUAUUACGUUGGUAUGAAUGCGGAAAGUAUCCUAUCAAAUAGCCAGUUUUCAUUUGGGAUGGGUUUUGGUGGGGCUGGAUUUGCUUUGAGUUACCCUCUAGCCGAGGCUUUGGCCAAGAAUUUAGAUGUGUGUCUUGUAAAGUAUCGAGAUCUUCAUGGAAGCGAUCAUAUUGUGCAAUCUUGUGUGGCUGAUCUGGGGGUUUCACUUACCCAAGAAAAGGGCUUUCAUCAGAUUGAUCUACACGGAAACAUAUCAGGUCUUUUAUCAGCACACCCUCAGACUCCUUUGGUCUCUCUCCACCACCUUGAUGCCGUACAACCAAUAUUCCCUGCCAUGGACCGCCCCCAAUCACUGAAACAGCUAAUGAAAGCAGCAAAAAUAGACCAGUCAAGGCUACUCCAACAAAGCAUUUGCUAUGACAACCAUAAAAACUGGAGUUACUCUUUGUCUUGGGGAUACUCUCUGCAUAUAUACGAGACAUACAUGACACCAAGCCUUUUACAAGUACCCAUACAGACGUUUGUUGAGUGGCGAAAAGGAGCGCAUCCUGCUUUCAUGAUGAAUACUAGGGAUGUUUCAAAGGCGGAUCCAUGUAAAGUUCCUCAUUACUUUUAUUUUGAUUCCGUGGAGGAAACCGAUUAUGAAGGAAGGCGCGAGCAGGUGGUGACAAGUUAUGUUCGGAAAUUUCCACGGCGGUUGUCGCCUUGCUUGGUGAAUGGGACCAGAUCGGCAAAUUAUGUGGAAAAGAUUAUAGUGAUCUCUCCAGUGAAGAGACAUAAAAUGGAGGGAGCUAGAAGAGAAUGUUGUGAUAUAGUGAAUCUGGACAACAAGAAUGUUACAACGAUCACGCUUAGGCGUUGCAUGAAAUAUGAAAUGAUUGGGUGAUUCUUAUUAGUCUGAAAUUCUAAAUUUUUUGAUAUUCUUGUUCAUUAUUUAUGAUAUGAUCCUGGCGGUAAGUAAUACUUAAAGCUUGAUCAGAGACACAUUUCAUAGGUGUCCAUUUAUAAAAAAUUUAGU